AUGGCCACCAUCACCUGCACCCGCUUCACGGAAGAGUACCAGCUCUUCGAGGAACUGGGAAAGGGAGCCUUCUCAGUGGUGCGCAGGUGUGUGAAGGUGCUGGCUGGCCAGGAAUAUGCUGCCAAGAUCAUCAACACUAAGAAGCUCUCGGCCAGAGACCACCAGAAGCUGGAGCGUGAAGCCCGCAUCUGCCGCCUGCUGAAGCACCCCAACAUUGUCCGGCUCCACGACAGCAUCUCCGAGGAGGGACACCAUUACCUGAUCUUUGACCUCGUCACCGGCGGGGAGCUGUUUGAAGACAUCGUGGCCCGGGAGUAUUACAGUGAGGCAGAUGCCAGUCACUGUAUCCAGCAGAUCCUGGAGGCCGUGCUGCACUGCCACCAGAUGGGGGUGGUACACCGGGACUUGAAGCCGGAGAAUCUGUUGCUGGCCUCCAAGCUCAAGGGUGCCGCAGUGAAGCUGGCGGACUUUGGCCUGGCCAUAGAGGUGGAGGGGGAACAGCAGGCAUGGUUUGGGUUCGCAGGGACACCCGGAUACCUCUCCCCAGAAGUGCUGCGGAAGGACCCAUACGGGAAGCCUGUGGAUCUGUGGGCCUGUGGGGUCAUCCUGUACAUCCUGCUGGUUGGGUAUCCCCCAUUCUGGGAUGAGGACCAGCACCGCCUGUACCAGCAGAUCAAAGCUGGUGCCUAUGAUUUCCCGUCACCAGAAUGGGACACCGUCACCCCGGAAGCCAAGGAUCUGAUCAAUAAGAUGCUGACCAUCAACCCAUCCAAACGCAUCACGGCCGCCGAGGCCCUCAAGCACCCCUGGAUCUCGCACCGGUCCACCGUGGCCUCCUGCAUGCACAGACAGGAGACCGUGGACUGCCUGAAGAAGUUCAACGCCAGGAGAAAACUGAAGGGAGCCAUCCUCACUACUAUGCUGGCCACCAGGAACUUCUCUGGCGGGAAGAGUGGAGGAAACAAGAAGAAUGAUGGUGUGAAGAAAAGAAAGUCCAGUUCCAGCGUUCAGUUAAUGGAAUCUUCAGAGAGCACCAACACCACCAUAGAGGAUGAAGACACCAAAGUGCGGAAACAAGAAAUUAUAAAAGUGACAGAACAGCUGAUUGAAGCCAUAAGCAAUGGAGAUUUUGAGUCCUACACGAAGAUGUGUGACCCCGGGAUGACAGCCUUCGAACCCGAGGCCCUAGGGAACCUGGUCGAGGGCCUGGACUUCCAUCGAUUCUAUUUUGAAAACCUGUGGUCCCGGAACAGCAAGCCUGUGCACACCACCAUCCUGAAUCCCCACAUUCACCUGAUGGGUGACGAGGCGGCCUGCAUCGCCUACAUCCGCAUCACGCAGUACCUGGAUGCGGGCGGCAUCCCCCGCACGGCCCAGUCGGAAGAGACCCGCGUGUGGCACCGCCGGGAUGGCAAAUGGCAGAUCGUCCACUUCCACAGAUCUGGGGCGCCCUCCGUCCUGCCCCACUGAAGGACCAGGCUGGGGGCACCGUACCGCAGAGAUCCACCGUUCGUCCGUGGAAUGUGGCUGCUGGUUCUCCCACUUGGAUUUUGCUGGAAUUCCCCCAAUCACAUCAUCCCACCACCACCACCAUCACCGUCACCUUCAUACCUGUGUCAAGAAAACCUGCCUGUUCGCAAAAGCCAUCAUGACUUCAGAGCAAAUGGCGACAUCUCCCCGUCACCAGCCGUCCCCUGCCAGGGCAGGGCUUCCUCAGGCCCACGUGCCCUGGGUGCUGGACCCGAGGACCCCCCCGC